AAAAAUAAUUAACAAAACUUGAUGGCUAUUUAGAAUUUAGAUCAUGGAUUAACCAACAGCCAAGCCAAACUCGAUGCUCUCAUUCUCCCCUACUUUGAUUCCAACUUCUCAACUACAAUUUUCCCCUAAAUUUUUCCUGAUUUUGCAAAUCAAUUUUAUCAAUCUUCGCCUCUAAAUCUAACCUACUUAAUUGUAAUUUCUAUAUUCUAACCCUAAUUUAUUGCUGUUUUUUAUGCUUGUUUAUUUGUGUUUAUUUUUUCUUCUAAUUUGUUUGUUUCUCUGAAUUUUUUCGCCAUGAAAAGUAGUUCGCGUUCAUCCAAACGCAAGACGAAACGAUCUCAGAAACAUAGCAAGAAGAGAACUAAGAGCAGUAGGGAGAAACCCAAGAAAUUAAAACAACGGGAUGAUUCGGUUUUGUUUUCUGAUGAGGAUUCGAUCACUUCUAAGUCGGUAUCGUGUUCGAGUCCAGGGAAUGAUUCUAGGAGUAAGAAGAGAGGUAGGUCUAGGGACAAAAGGCGUAGGAAAGAUAAGAAGAGGAGUAAGAAAAGCACUUUGUUGAGUGAGAGCAGUGGAGAUGACUCUCCUUGUGCUAAGAAAUUGAAGAAGUCGAAGAGGAAGCGAGGUUCUGACUCUAGGAAGAAGCGGCAUGUGAAGAGGCGAAAGAGGGAUCGUAGCGUUAGUUCUUCAAGUAGCCGGUCUAGGAGUUGCUCUGUGGGUGAACCAAGUGGUGAUAGUGAGAGAGAAUUUGGGAAGAAAGAAGAGAAGGUAGAAUCAAAGGAACGAAAGGGGAGAGAAAAGGAUAGGAAAAAGAGUGGGAGUAAGAGGAGUAGGCAUAGGUCAAGAAGCUGCUCUCCAUGUAGCGUGCAUAGUGAGAGUAGUAGUCAUUAUAACGAGGAGAGGGUGUUCGAGAAGAGUAAUCCUAAGAGACUGAAAUCUGUUAUAGUUGUUAUGAAGGAUAGAGAGGUCCCUGAAGAACAAGAGUUGAAUAAGGAUGAUAGGCAUGAAGAUGAAAUUGUGUUUGAGUAUGAUGACUAUCCUAGCAAGAGCAAUGAUAGUAUUGAUGGUGUUAGUGGAAGAGAAGCUGUUUCAUGUAUGCAUGAUGUUAGUUCUAAGAAAAGGUCCUUGGAUGAGCCAAGUAAGGAUUCUGUUGCUUCUGCUGUCAGGACUUCAGAUAUCCCGGGAAUCCAAAGACGGGUUGUUGAGGGAAGUGCUGGAUUAAGUCCAAGUUAUGUCAAGUCCGGGGACAAUGUUCCCUCGAUGGAAAAUAGGAGUGCGGAUUUAACUUCGAAUGCAGGUUCAAAUCAUGUGGAUCUUGAAGCAAUUUUAAGACAGAAGGCCUUGGAGAAUCUACUCAAGCGCCAAGGAAAAUUAUCAACCAAAACUACUUUUGAUAAGAAAGAUGACCAUGAUGUUGAAGUGAAAAGGUCUUCAAUUGUGAAGGCACAACCUAUUGAUCAACCUACACCUCGUGAUGAGGGAAAUAUUAAACUUGUGCCAAACGUAGGGAAGAAUGUUAAUGAUGUUAGAUAUUUUAGUAAUACUACUAAUUUACCUGGUCCAUUGGAAGAUACUGGUCUGUCUAAAGAUAAUAAUGCUGAUCUAUUGAGGGCAAAUGUUGGAACUGCCCAUACAGAAGAAAAGAGUAAGGCCUCCGGUGAUUUUGUUAAUAGCAGACCUAAUGUUGGCUUAUCCAUGUCUAGGAAAGAUUUUCUUGGAGCAAAGAAUACCUGGAAGCGACAGUUGAUCUCACAAGAAUCUUUACAGAAAAACGUGUCUACCCCUAAAGAAACUAUAGUGAGGAAUACUAAUGAGAGGCUGAUGUCACUAGAUAAUUCUCUGUCUAAACUUUCUGUACCGCAAGAAACUAUUAGUAAGGAUUCUACUAGGGACUCUGCGUCUCAUCAAAUUGAUUCCGAAGAUAGGACUGUAAAAGUUGAUACUUUUGCUCUUUCUGAGGCUUCGGCUUCAGCUUCAGCUUCAGCUUUAGCUUCAGUUUCUGAUGAACAAUGCACAAAUGAUAGUACCAAUAAAGCCGAUGAGGAUGCACAGUUUCAGCAGAAGACAAUGUCUGUGAUGCGGGGUGGUGAAAUGGUGCAGGUAAGAUACAAGGUCUAUAUCCCAAAGAAAGCCCCCGCAUUAGCCAGAAGGCAACUGAAACGUUAAUUCAAAUAUCCAUAGUGCCGCUGGAGUUUGGGUUCUUGCUGAUAUGGAAUUGAGCAGGCAAGUCAUGAACAGAAUCUGAUGAUACUCAGAAACAGGUUAAAUCUUUGAAUGGUCUCUUUAAAUUUUUCGUUUUCUUUCCAUGUUGAAUGAUGAAGGUCAAUUAGCUGUCUUACUAACACUCCCUUCAUUUUGAACUGCUGAUGAUGUUGUUCUCUUGUUGUUUACCUGAUGUUGUAACUUUAACUUUAGUGUCUAGACUAGAAGUUAUGAAAGCUCUCUGAAUUGCAUGGUAGCAAUAUGCCAAUAUGAAUUUGGCAGAAAAAAAUGCUCUACUGGUGCAAUCUUGUAAAACAGAAGUGGAAUUGUGUUUUAAUUCAAUAAUGUUUUGCCCCAUUUCUUUUUAA